CAAGCUCUAGGCGGUUUGACAGCUCAACAGCCGUAAACUCUCUCUCUACGGCCGGCCGUACCUUUCCAGCUGUUCUCUUCCUCUCUACUUAUUAAUCGUGGCCGCUUCAGUAUCAAAAUCUUCGUGCAAACCACUCAGCCGUAAACGCCGGUUCAGCAUUUCGAGCUGUCGCACGCCUCCGCAGUUGACUGUUCGAGCACCCGCCUGAGCUCACGACCCAAGUAGCAGCCUGAAGGUCCUCGGAGCUUCAUGUCGAAUCAAUCUAUUCUCCGGAUCACUCGCGAGUUGAGCGAAAUCCAGCGGGGAUCUGAUCUCUCCCUUGCAGUCGCCUGUCGUGAUAUCGACGUCCGGCAUGUGCGGGCACUCAUAAUCGGCCCACCAGAUACGCCGUACGAAUUUGGCUUUUUUGAAUUCGCUGUCAAGUUCACGCGAGACUACCCCACAAAGGCACCAAAUGUGACGGCGAUAACAACGAAUGGUGGACGCACGCGCUUCAAUCCCAACAUCUACGCCGGAGGCAAGGUGUGCUUGUCAAUUCUUGGGACAUGGCGGGGUGAGCGGGGCGAAGAGUGGUCGUCGGCACAAGGCCUUGAAUCAAUCCUCAUUUCCAUACAGAGCCUCAUGUCUACAAACCCUUACGAGAACGAACCUGGCUUCGAAGACGCAAACUCCGACUAUGACAAGAAGAACCAGGAGACAUAUGUCGCCAAGAUUCGGCAUGAGUCGCUGCGCGUAUCUGUAAUUGAGAGACUAGAAGAGUACUUGGGCAUCCACCAGGAUCGGCCUGGGGUGACGGUUUACAACGCCGAGGAGGACUAUCAGUCAAGUCGAGAAGAUGCACCAUUCGAGCCAUUCAAGGACCUCUGUAAGCGACGGUUCUUGUGGUACUAUCAAUCGUACCUGGCUCGCGCCGACGAGGCAGCCAAAAAGAACAAGGAUGGAGAUCGCUUCGAAAAGAUGCCGUUCGAGGGUCCUGGCAACACGAUGGAGGGUACUUUUCAAUACACGGCCCUCCGCGAGCGCCUCGUCACGAUAUUUAAAUCGCUCAACAAAGAGAUGGAGGGCUGGGCUGUAGAGGGCAUGUCCGCGGUUCACAAGGAGAUGAGCAUCGCCAGCAAUCUCCAGCGUCAGUACGAGCAGAUCGUGGAAAAGUACAAGAAGAAUGACGCAGUCACUCUCGACCUGGAUCUCGUGGAUAAGAAUCCUUUCGUGUGGCAACUGGUCCUGUUUGGUAGGCCCAUGACGAACCUUGACGGCGGUAUGUUCAGGAUUAUGCUUUACAUCAGCCCGAGGUUUCCGGACGUGCUUCCACGCGUCAAGUUCGAUACUCCAAUCUUUCACCACCGCGUGUCGCCUGACGGGAUCCUCUGCUACGAUGCUACCCGCAAAGAUGACAUGCGUUCGCAUAUCGAGGCUAUUAUCGCUGCUAUUGAGGAGGAAUCACCUGCAUAUGAUCCGAGGACCCUCGUCAACCUAGAAGCAGCUAAGCUGUUCUGGGGUGCUCCCGACGAGAAGAAGAUCUAUAAUCGACGCUUAAGGCGUUCGGUACAGGAUAGUGCCGAGAACUGCUUUUGAUAGAGCCGGGCAGCAGCUGGCGGUGGAAUCAUGAUUUCAACAGCCCGACGGAAUUAAGCAUGAUAGUAAUUGAUACCCCUGGCCUGACUUCUCUAAAAGGGUCUCACGGCUCGCAUAUUCGGCGUUAUAGGUCUUUAUGAGCAUGGUAUGGCACAAGUGCCUCAUAGUAUGGCGUUAAUACAUGAUAGUCCCUUCGAGGUAGCUCAUAGCACUGAUUACGCUCUGAAGAAGCCUGACGUG